ACAGUUCAAUUAUAUCAGCAUAAAAACAAGAUCGUAGAAUUCGUGUAAUAAAAUACAGAGUAAAAUAUGCCUAGCCUCCUAACGGUGGUGUAGCAAAGCUAUGUCAGUGAUUCCCCACUUCUGCCCCUUAAUCUAGAAUAGUUUAUAAUAAUAACCAUAUACAUAUAAUAACAACAGUGAAUAACAGACAUUACCGGGUGAAAAGUGGUCGAGAGAGGUUAGAAAAGGUUGGGCAUUCGUUUAUAGUGUUUUGACGUUUGUAUAACGUUUAUUAUUCACCUAACCUAUCAUGUAUGCUCUCGAAGAUGAUCAAUAUGAUGAUGAAGAUGCAGAGGAAAUUUCAUCAAAAUUGUGGCAAGAGGCUUGUUGGAUCGUCAUUAAUGCCUAUUUUGAUGAGAAAGGUCUUGUACGACAACAGCUUGACAGUUUUGAUGAAUUUAUUGAAAUGUCAGUUCAAAGGAUUGUGGAAGAUUCACCACAAAUUGAUUUACAAGCAGAAGCUCAGCAUACAUCUGGAGAGAUAGAAAAUCCUGUGAGACAUUUGUUAAAAUUCGAGCAGAUCUAUUUAUCUAAGCCCACACAUUGGGAAAAAGAUGGUGCACCUUCACCUAUGAUGCCCAAUGAGGCCAGACUUAGGAAUUUAACAUAUUCUGCACCUUUGUAUGUAGAUAUCACAAAAACUAUAUUAAAAGAUGCAGAAGAUCCUAUUGAAACGCAGCAUCAAAAAACAUUUAUUGGGAAAAUUCCAAUUAUGUUACGAUCAAAAUAUUGUUUACUUGCUGGUUUAUCUGAUCGUGAUUUGACUGAAUUGAAUGAAUGUCCUCUUGAUCCUGGUGGCUAUUUUAUUAUUAAUGGCUCAGAAAAGGUUCUUAUUGCACAAGAAAAAAUGGCGACAAAUACAGUUUAUGUAUUCAGCAUGAAGGAUGGAAAAUAUGCAUACAAAGCUGAAAUCCGUUCAUGUUUAGAACACAGUUCAAGACCAACAUCCACGCUGUGGAUUAAUAUGAUGGCAAAGAGUGGUGCCAGUAUAAAGAAGUCAGCAAUCGGUCAACGUAUUAUUGCCAUUCUUCCAUACAUCAAACAAGAGAUCCCAAUCAUGAUUGUGUUUCGAGCUCUGGGAUUUGUAGCUGAUCGCGAUAUCCUCGAGCAUAUUAUCUACGAUUUCGAUGAUCCUGAAAUGAUGGAAAUGGUUAAGCCGUCUUUAGACGAAGCGUUCGUUAUUCAAGAGCAAAACGUUGCCCUAAAUUUCAUUGGUACUCGAGGUGCUCGACCUGGAGUAACAAAGGAGAAACGUAUAAAGUACGCGAGGGAAAUUUUGCAGAAAGAAAUGUUACCGCAUGUCGGAAUAAGUGAUUUCUGCGAAACAAAGAAGGCGUAUUUCCUCGGUUAUAUGGUGCACAGGCUGCUUUCAGCCUCCUUGGGCAGAAGAGAAUUGGAUGAUCGUGAUCAUUACGGAAACAAACGUUUAGAUCUCGCUGGUCCCUUAUUAGCAUUCUUAUUCAGGGGAUUAUUUAAGAAUUUAAUGAAGGAGGUUCGAAUGUAUGCACAGAAAUUUAUUGAUCGUGGGAAAGAUUUCAAUUUGGAGUUGGCCAUCAAGACCAAGAUUAUCACUGAUGGCUUAAGAUACUCUUUAGCUACUGGUAACUGGGGUGAUCAGAAAAAAGCUCAUCAAGCUAGAGCUGGUGUAUCUCAGGUAUUAAACAGGUUAACUUUCGCCUCCACGUUAUCUCACUUACGUCGUGUCAAUUCACCAAUUGGUCGUGAUGGAAAAUUGGCCAAGCCUCGUCAGCUGCACAACACUUUAUGGGGAAUGUUAUGUCCUGCCGAAACACCUGAAGGGGCUGCUGUAGGUCUUGUGAAAAAUCUUGCCCUUAUGGCGUACAUCAGUGUCGGUUCACAGCCUUCACCUAUAUUGGAAUUCUUAGAAGAAUGGUCCAUGGAGAAUUUAGAAGAAAUAGCACCAAGCGCGAUUGCUGACGCAACAAAGAUAUUCGUGAAUGGCUGCUGGGUUGGCAUCCAUAGAGAUCCUGAUCAAUUAAUGGCUACGCUUAGGAAACUACGAAGGCAGAUGGACAUCAUCGUUUCUGAAGUGUCGAUGAUUAGAGACAUCCGUGACAGGGAAAUCAGGAUAUACACUGAUGCUGGAAGAAUCAGUAGGCCCUUAUUAAUUGUAGAGAAUCAGAAGUUACUUCUCAAGAAACGACACAUAGACAUGCUCAAGGAAAGAGACUACAAUAAUGAUGGCUGGCAAGAGUUGGUAGGCAGUGGGGUGGUCGAAUAUAUUGAUACUUUAGAAGAAGAGACUGUCAUGAUCGCUAUGUCUCCCGAAGAUCUAAGACAAGAGAAAGAAUAUGCUUACUGUACUACAUACACCCACUGUGAGAUUCAUCCUGCUAUGAUUUUGGGAGUCUGCGCUUCUAUCAUUCCAUUCCCUGAUCACAAUCAGAGUCCUAGGAAUACAUACCAGAGUGCUAUGGGUAAACAAGCUAUGGGCGUUUACAUUACGAACUUUCACGUACGGAUGGACACUUUAGCUCACGUUUUAUAUUAUCCUCACAAACCACUGGUUACCACCAGAUCAAUGGAGUAUCUUAGGUUCCGAGAAUUACCAGCUGGUAUAAACAGUAUUGUGGCCAUUUUAUGUUAUACCGGAUAUAAUCAGGAGGACAGUGUCAUUCUAAAUGCCAGUGCCGUUGAGAGAGGUUUCUUCAGAUCUGUAUUUUACCGUUCUUACAAAGAUUCUGAGUCAAAGAAAAUUGGAGAUCAGGAAGAGCAAUUCGAGAAGCCAACAAGACAAACAUGUCAGGGAAUGCGUAAUGCCAUUUACGAUAAAUUGGAUGACGAUGGAAUAAUCGCUCCUGGAAUUCGUGUAUCUGGAGAUGACGUAGUGAUUGGAAAGACUAUUACUCUUCCGGAAACUGAUGACGAAUUGGACAGUACAACGAAACGAUUCACCAAACGAGAUGCCUCCACGUUUUUGCGUAACAGCGAAACUGGCAUUGUCGAUCAAGUUAUGUUAACGUUGAAUAGCGAAGGAUACAAGUUUUGCAAAAUUCGCGUGCGCAGUGUUCGCAUACCACAAAUUGGCGACAAAUUUGCUUCGCGACAUGGACAAAAGGGUACUUGUGGUAUACAAUACAGACAAGAAGACAUGCCAUUUUCUUGUGAAGGUCUUACACCCGAUAUUAUUAUUAAUCCUCAUGCUAUUCCAUCUCGUAUGACAAUCGGUCACUUGAUCGAAUGCAUUCAAGGAAAAGUUUCAGCCAACAAAGGGGAAAUUGGUGAUGCGACUCCCUUCAAUGAUGCUGUCAACGUGCAAAAGAUUUCAACACUUUUACAAGAGUAUGGCUAUCAGUUAAGAGGAAACGAGGUUAUGUACAAUGGUCAUACUGGACGUAAGAUUAAUGCUCAAGUUUUCUUGGGACCAACUUAUUAUCAACGUUUGAAGCAUAUGGUGGACGAUAAAAUUCACAGUAGAGCUCGUGGACCUGUGCAAAUUUUAGUAAGACAACCUAUGGAGGGUAGGGCAAGAGAUGGAGGUUUACGUUUUGGCGAGAUGGAACGCGACUGUCAAAUCUCGCACGGAGCUGCUCAAUUCCUUAGGGAAAGACUGUUCGAGGUUUCUGAUCCUUAUAGAAUUCACAUUUGUAAUUUUUGCGGGCUUAUAGCUAUUGCAAAUUUAAGAAAUAACACAUUUGAAUGUAAAGGUUGUAAGAACAAAACACAAAUCUCGCAAAUUAGGUUACCGUAUGCAGCAAAACUGCUGUUCCAAGAAUUAAUGGCAAUGAAUAUUGCACCGCGACUCAUGGUAACAUAAGAAUCCACUCUUUCGGUAAAACUAACGUUUUAUAAAGAUAAUUUUGAGUAAAAACGUGCACGAAUUACAUGGCGAUAUUAGAUUCAUGUCGACUAUUUAAACGCAGAAGGUGAUCUUAAUGAAGAUAGAAUUCCUAAAUGAUACGAUAUUAUGUGAUUAUAAUAUUUCUACCCAUUAAUAUAGUAUCUGAUAAUUUUACUCUAUGGGAAUUCUCAGUAUUGUCCAGUCGUAUCUUACCGGUUUGUGAAUUUCACUAUGUCAUGGAUUCCUCUGCGGUUGAAUAUAAUUGUAUAAGCUUAGACGUACUUAUUUUCAAAAAAAAUAAAAAAAACUAUUAUUAAC